GUUUUUGACUGGACGAUAUACAAAAGAAUACUUGAAAACUGGUGUGGAUUUCCCCUCAAAACAGACUGUUCUCAAGUAUGCGGAGAACGAAAAAAAUUGGCAAAUACUCGAAGAAGUGAGAAGAGUGUCGGACGAGGUCGGAAGGAGUCCUGCUGAGGUUUCCAUCAAUUGGACCCUACAACAACCAGAUGUUACCUCGCUGGUUGUAGCGGCCAGAAACGUAGGAAUUUUGGAUGAAAAUUUGAGAGCUCUAGAAUUCAAACUGACGCCACAACAACUCUACCGUCUUAAUGCAAUUUCAUUGCCUACCGAGUAUCCGAAUCAUUCUCAACCGAAUCCGAUUUAUCUUGCUAAUUCACCAAAACCCGAAUUUCUUAGAGAAUUGGAGGAAUUCAAACCUAUUGGAGUUCAGAGUGAUGAACCACCAAGUGAUCAAUCUAGGGGGGCCGCGGUCUAA